CGAAUCCCACGGCCCCUAAACGGCUUUUUACUGUACCGCAAAUGUUACGUCGGGCGUGCGCAUGCUUAUGUUGCCUCGAAGGGCCGCAGCGGCAGCCAGCAAUCGUUUUCUACCGUUCUCGGGGUGAGCUGGCAUAUAGAGCCACAGGAAAUUCGCGACAAAUUCAAGAAGUGGUCAGAAACGGAGAGGGAGAAACAUCGGAAGGCGUUCCCUGAUUACAAGUACGCUCCC